UUUUGUUGUGAGGGUCGGUUGUCAAGCAGCGGCCAAUCAGGGCAGGGGAUGGAAGCAAGUGGGGGUCGCUCUUGGAGCAGAGCCUGGGCCUCCGGAGCGGCAGCUGCAGCAGCCAAGUGUUGAACUGUGAUGGCUCAAGCCUGACAUUCCAUGAUCUGGAAUCCUGACAGAUGCGGACAGGCUGCUGCUGUUGCUACUGUGGAUGAUUUAAAGGCACCAGGCAGUCCAGGGCCAGGAGAAGAGGCAUUUCCUCUGCCUGGAUGUGGGGGAACUCCUUGCCAACUUGACUGGUGGAUCCGGGGGGGGGAUCCACCCCCACCCCACAAAGAAAGCACAGUCCAUUUUGUAGGUGAGGCUUCAGGUGCCAGCCCCUGAAGGAUGGCCACCCCGGUGGUCACCAAGACAGCCUGGAAGUUGCAAGAAAUUGUUGCCCAUGCCAGCAAUGUGUCCUCACUGGUGCUGGGCAAAGCCUCGGGACGGCUGCUGGCCACAGGCGGGGAUGACUGCUGUGUCAACCUGUGGUCCAUCAACAAGCCCAACUGUAUCAUGAGCCUGACGGGUCACACGUCCCCAGUGGAGAGUGUCCGCCUCAACACCCCCGAGGAGCUCAUUGUGGCCGGCUCACAGUCGGGCUCCAUCCGCAUCUGGGACCUGGAAGCUGCCAAAAUUCUUCGCACACUCAUGGGACACAAAGCCAACAUCUGCAGUCUGGAUUUCCACCCUUAUGGCGAGUUCGUGGCCUCCGGUUCUCAGGACACAAGCAUCAAACUCUGGGACAUCAGAAGGAAAGGCUGUGUCUUCCGGUAUAGGGGGCACAGCCAGGCUGUGCGGUGUCUCCGGUUCAGCCCUGAUGGGAAGUGGUUGGCGUCAGCCGCAGAUGACCACACAGUGAAGCUCUGGGACCUGACUGCUGGCAAGAUGAUGUCUGAGUUCCCUGGUCACACGGGGCCUGUUAACGUGGUAGAGUUUCACCCCAACGAGUACCUCCUGGCUUCUGGUAGCUCUGACAGGACGAUCCGUUUUUGGGAUCUGGAGAAGUUCCAGGUGGUGAGCUGCAUCGAAGGAGAGCCAGGGCCUGUCAGGAGUGUCCUCUUCAACCCAGAUGGCUGCUGCCUGUACAGUGGCUGCCAAGAUUCGCUGCGCGUCUAUGGCUGGGAGCCCGAGCGCUGCUUCGAUGUGGUCCUCGUCAACUGGGGCAAGGUGGCUGACCUGGCCAUCUGCAAUGACCAGCUGAUAGGUGUGGCCUUCUCCCAAAGCAACGUCUCCUCCUACGUAGUAGAUCUGACACGAGUCACUAGGACAGGCACAGUGGCCCGGGACCCUGUGCAGGACAGCCAGCCGCUGACCGAGCAGUCGCCCAACCCCAGUGCCCCACUCCGGCGCAUCUACGAGCGGCCCAGCACGACCUGCAGCAAGCCCCAGAGGGUGAAGCACAACUCAGAGAGUGAGCGCCGCAGCCCCAGCAGUGAUGAUGACAGAGACGAGCGUGAGUCCCGGGCCGAGAUCCAGAACGCUGAGGACUACAAUGAGAUCUUCCAGCCCAAGAACAGCAUCAGUCGGACGCCACCCCGAAGAAGCGAGCCCUUCCCAGCACCCCCGGAGGACGACACGGCCACAGUGAAGGAGGCAGCAAAGCUAAGCCCAGCCAUGGACGUGCAGUGCCCAAUGCCAAAUCUUGAGGUCCCGGCCCAGCCCCCGGUCCUGACAUCCACGCCUGCACCCAAGGGUGAGCCCACCAUCAUCCCUGCUGCUCGGAAUGAGCCAAUUGGCCUGAAAGCCUCUGACUUCUUGCCUGCUGUGAAGAUCCCCCAGCAGGCGGAGCUGGUGGAUGAAGAUGCCAUGUCACAGAUCCGCAAAGGCCACGACACCAUGUGCGUGGUGCUCACCAGCCGCCACAAGAACCUGGACACCGUGCGGGCUGUGUGGACCACAAGUGACAUUAAGACGUCUGUAGACUCUGCUGUGGCCAUCAACGACCUGUCAGUGGUGGUGGACCUCCUGAACAUAGUCAACCAGAAAGUCUCCCUGUGGAAGCUGGACCUGUGCACCACCGUUCUGCCGCAGAUCGAGAAGCUUCUGCAGAGCAAGUAUGAGAGCUACGUCCAGACAGGCUGCACUUCCCUGAAGCUGAUCCUGCAGCGCUUCCUGCCCCUGAUCACAGACAUCCUGGCUGCCCCACCCUCUGUGGGUGUUGAUAUCAGCCGAGAGGAGAGGCUACACAAGUGUCGCCUGUGCUACAAGCAGCUCAAGAGCAUCAGCGGCCUUGUCAAGAGCAAGUCCAGCCUGAGUGGCCGCCAUGGCAGUGCCUUCCGGGAGCUGCACCUGCUUAUGGCUGCUUUGGACUGAGGAGUUCAAUGGGUAGGGCACCCAGCAGCCCUCAGGGCCUGGCCUCCCUUCUCUGCCCUGUGUGCCCACUGGCCCAUGAGCCUCUACCUGUUCUCUACUGCCUGAGGCCAUCCUGGAGGUUGCGGAGUUGGCCCUGACCUGUUCAUCUUUCAAUAUCUGCCCAGCUCUUGCUUCUUGGGACAGCAAACAGCCCUGGGGCUGCUGCUAUAAUUUAUAGGCAGAUUUUAUUAAAUUUGUAACUGUUCCCUGUUCCAUUGUGCAAGGGCCAUCCCUCUGGCCAUGCAGCUCACCUAUGAUGACCUGCUCUGGUCUCUGCCCCUGCAAGCCCCAGGGAUGGUACGCCAGGCAGUGUGGCCAGAAGGGGGCAGCAGAGUUGACAGAUGUGCCAGUUCAGCUCUGGGUAUGAAGGGGGAGGCAGGAGGUCCCCAAGGCUAUAGGAAACAGAUUAGGCCUCUAUCUCUGCUACCCUCCAAGCUGUCCUUUAGUCCCUGCAAGAUGCCAGGAUCCUAGCCCUUGUAGGCACAGCCACCAGUAGGCUGCCCACUGCCCCCCACCCCGAGGUAGGGCCCGAAUGGCUGCUUUCUCUUCUGCUGAGGAUUCCAAACAGCUUCCAGGAGCCCCUGCACAGUUUCCCUGGGGCUGUGCAGUGGCCAGAGUCCUGGGAGUGCCAGGCGGAGGGUGGUGCUGUGCCACCCUCUGGCCAGUUUAAUCAAGACAGGAAAGGCUGGGGCAGAAAGAGAGCGGAGGGUGUGUUGAGCCCCCACCAUGGUAUGAGAGCCUCAGCCAGCCUUUAAGUUCUCUGAGGCCUUGGUCUCCUAUGACAUGGAGGUGACACCGCAGGACAAUCAGAUAUUGCAGCGCACAGAUGCCUCAUAAGGAUAACUGGCCCUAGAAAAAGGCACUUCCCCUGGAUAGGAAUGCUCCUGAGUCCCCCUCCCAGUUCAGGACCUGUGUUCCUGCUGAGGGCAGGGGGAGAUGGCAGGGUCUGCCAAUGUUCCUCUCCCCCUGAUCCAACCAUAGGGCUCCCGAGACCAACACAGGCUGAGGACACUUGUGUAAAAAAAAAGGUUUUUAUUUUAAUAAAAAUGGCUAAAUUCCAAAA